GCAGUGCUCCGGCCAGAGCUCGAGGCGCUGCUUACCGUCGCCUGAGCUAGGAGACGCCGCGGCCGCCGCUGGGUCGCCUCGGGCUUCGCGUCGCGCCGUGUACGCCUCCUCUGCCCCACCCGACCCGCAGCGUAGGCUCUACCUGGUCCGCGGCCUCCCUGUCCGCGGCGGGGCAGGUGGUUUUCCUGCGGUGAACUCCUGCCCUGCCUUCCGGUAGCUGGCGCGUGGCUCCCAACCCUGAGCUCUCGGUGAACCUGGGAAGGGGAUGAGAACAGGAUGGACAGUCUCUCCUCGGGGAGCAGGUGGGCUGGCAGGACAGGCGUCCCCAGGCCGGGAGAAGGAGGCGCUCCCAGGUAGGUGAGCUCCAGCCAAGCCAGCCCUGCCAGAGACCUUCAGUUUCGGUGGCUGGUGCUCUGAGCCACAGUGUGCUUCAGCAUUUGGAUCUAUGGGCCUGCUUUGAACCAUAGAGCCUGCCUAUGGGGGAAGGUGACGCCAUCUGGGCCCCAUCCAUCCUUCCUCACAGUACCCUCGGCACCUUAAGCCACCACCCUGAGCUACAUUUUGGAGGGAAGAUGGAAUCUAAGGUCUCAGAAGGUGGCCUGAACGUAACCCUGACCAUCCGCCUACUGAUGCAUGGAAAGGAAGUUGGAAGCAUCAUCGGGAAGAAAGGAGAAACAGUGAAGAAGAUGCGUGAAGAGAGUGGUGCCAGGAUCAACAUCUCAGAGGGAAACUGCCCAGAGAGAAUCGUUACAAUCACAGGCCCAACUGACGCCAUCUUCAAGGCCUUUGCUAUGAUCGCGUACAAGUUUGAGGAGGACAUCAUUAAUUCCAUGAGCAACAGCCCUGCCACCAGCAAGCCCCCAGUGACAUUGCGACUAGUGGUCCCUGCCAGCCAGUGUGGGUCCCUGAUCGGCAAAGGUGGCUCCAAGAUCAAGGAGAUCCGGGAGUCCACAGGUGCUCAGGUCCAGGUGGCAGGUGACAUGCUGCCCAACUCCACAGAGCGGGCAGUGACUAUCUCAGGGACCCCAGACGCCAUCAUCCAGUGUGUGAAACAGAUCUGUGUGGUCAUGCUGGAGUCCCCACCGAAAGGUGCCACCAUUCCCUACCGCCCAAAGCCCGCCUCCACCCCUGUCAUUUUUGCAGGUGGUCAGGUAAGAGCCGACCCGCUCGCGGCCUCCACUGCCAACCUCAGCCUUUUACUGCAGCAUCCGCCGCUGCCCGCCUACACAAUCCAGGGACAGUACGCCAUCCCCCACCCAGAUCAGUUGACCAAGCUCCACCAGUUGGCCAUGCAGCAAACCCCCUUUCCUCCCCUCGGACAGACCAACCCCGCUUUCCCCGGAGAAAAGCUGCCUUUACACUCCUCCGAAGAAGCUCAAAAUCUGAUGGGCCAGUCGUCAGGUCUGGAUGCCAGCCCACCGGCCAGCACUCAUGAGCUCACCAUUCCCAAUGAUCUUAUAGGCUGCAUAAUUGGACGCCAAGGCACCAAAAUCAAUGAAAUCCGACAGAUGUCUGGAGCUCAGAUCAAAAUCGCCAAUGCCACUGAAGGGUCAUCAGAGCGCCAGAUUACCAUCACAGGGACCCCAGCCAACAUCAGCCUUGCCCAGUAUCUCAUCAACGCUAGGCUGACGUCUGAGGUCACCGGGAUGGGUGCACUCUAACCUACCCAAGGUCCUCCACUGCACACAUCGGAUGGCUCCAGCCCGCAGCCUCACCAGCUGGCACACUGUACAGACUGCCUGUCCUUCCUUGCAGAUAUGAAUAGAGCGUUUUCUUUACAAACAGAUGAUAGUGCGUGUCUGCCCACUCAGGCCCUGUGCGCUCCGUGUUAGUGUAGCCCUCCACGCAUUGGCAUGCAGCUCUUUACUUUACUGCUCAACGUAUUCCCAAAUGUGAUGUUUCAGAGAUUUAUUCCUCAGUAUCCAUGUGACUGUCUGUUUAAAAGUUGGUUUGAUGCUUUAACAGCACUUCCUAUGUCCUGCUGUCCCUUGUUCUCAGAGACCCUCCUCUCUCACCCAGUCUACUGACUCAUUUCCAAGCCCUAGGUUGUAUGCAGGGAUCAGAGGUACUUUUAUUGCAACCUGCAGGGAGUGUCUGGAAGAGGAGGGACUUGGGGGUGUAUCUAAGGAGCAGGGUAGAGUGCCAGAGGGUGGGGUGGGACCCUGACUUCACUGGGAUAUCUCGGGGAGGGGGCACUUGUGCCCUCCAGGUGUCUUCCAAGAUGGCUAAGAACAAGGACUUGCCAGAAAGUUCAUCUACACCCAUCAGAGUUUAAUAAAUGUCGUGUUCCUCCCCCAUGGCUCUGGCUUCUCUCUGCUACCCUGUCCUCAGUACCCAUACCCCCUGUGAGACGCACUGGU